GUGUUUAACUUGAUUGAUGUUUAACGUAUUUGAAAGUAAUAAAGAUAAUACAACUGAAGAUGGAAGGCUAUUGUAUAACUUUUUCAGCCUACUUUAUAUUUUUGGAGGAGCGGUUCCUUAUAUUCCACAAUAUUUAAAAAUUCGCAAAACACAAUCUAUUAAAGGUUUUUCCUCAUUUGUUUGUUUUAUACUUUUAAUAUCGAAUGUUCUAAGAAUAUUGUUUUGGUAAGUUUUUCAUUAUUUCAUUUACUUAUUAUGUUUUUAGUGGAAUAAGUAGUUACCCCUUCUUUUUCGAAACCAAACUGAAAAUCAUUGCGUUAUAAGAUAAUGUUUCAAGUUUUAAACGUAUAUGUUUUUUAUAAUGAGAACUGUUCGAUAAGGUAUACAUGACAAUUAGAUACUAUUAAGACGAUAGUAUAUACUGUUUCUCCUACUAAAAUCCUGGUUUUUAAUGUUUCAUCUGGGACGUUUAUUUAUUUACUUAGUACUUUAAUAUUACGAAAGAUUGAAAGAUUAUUACUGAAUAUUUAUUUUACAAUGGACUCGAUCAUAUAAUCACAACCGUCCCGCACUAUUACUAUAUUAGUGCCAUAUUUGGGUAAAGUGUGCUUCAGAACCCUACAAAGCUGGUCACUCCAAGUUUGUUUCUUAGUAGUAACCACAUGACUUGAAAAGCAUGUUUAACUUCAUGCACUCGGCUUCAAGUUAAAUUCUCGUGUGAAGACUAGUUUACCAAGUGACUCCCGAUAUAUAAAGAAUUGAAGUGGGGCUCUAACUUCCAGAGAUGGCUGUAAGUUGAUUGCUUUAAUCACUAAGCAACUACUGAAAACGCCUCUUAUUAUUAUAAAACAACCUAACACGUUUGUUCAUUGUGAAUCAUAUUCUGAUUUUUUCGACAUUUCAAGUACUAGUUUAUUGAAUUACAGUCAAGUGAACCAUGUUCUGCCUGAAUUUUUAAAUUUGUUGUAUGGUACUAAUAUGACGGGCAUGAAUCAGUCUGGAUAGUCAGGCCUUAAUUCGUUGGAGAAUGAGUGACUUAAGAACUAGUUUCUUCCAGUCAUCUAUGUUAUUUUACUGUGCUAUUUUUUGUGUUUGUUUUAUUUAUAGGCAUCUAGUCCUUUUUUCAUCACAUAAGCAUGUUAUUCCGAUUAGUGGUCUUGUUUUUGAUUUCAAAGUAUUCAGGGGUUCACGUCAAUAGUCAGGUCUUGUAAGCAGUCGUCACAGCCACAUUGUAUCACUCCAUAUCAUCUGCCGAUUAGGAUUCUUUACCUUGACUAACAAUCGAAAAUUCGCUUGCCAGAUCAUUAGAAUUCUAAUCUGUAGCAAAUAGUUCAUUAUAUUAUCAAUUUAGUUUGUACCACCUGUGGCUUGUUUCUUAUUGUAUAAAAGGAGUGAUCAAAUAUAAAUAUAUUGUUAUGCUUUUCUUUGUUUUGCAAGUAUAGUUUAUCUAAAUAAAAAGUUGUACAAUAUUGAGGGGAGCAGAGUACAUAUCAUUUUAAUAACAUCCAGAAAGCAUAUAAAGGAGGAGCUAGAUAAACGAUAAUCACGAAAACUGGGAAUUUAGUUGGGGCCAUUGUUUUUUUAUCUCAUUGUUUCAUGUCGAAGUAUCUUCUGAAUUUCUACUCUCUCCAAUUUAGUGCCACAUCAUGUCAAGCUUUAAGUCACUUUGCACCAUCUCUAGGGUAUUGUUCAAGAAGUUGCGGUACACUUAUAUACUCUCAUCCAACACCUGUAGUUUAUCUCACAGCGUCUUUCAUAAGUAAUUCCGUCUUCCAACCACUUAUGGCGGUAGCAAUUACUACUCAUCGUGAUAGUCUCUGAGAAGGUAAUGUCUCUACUGUUGUAUUACUUACAAAAUUUGAAUAUUAUUGUCGAAUUAACAAGAAUUUCGGAGUGAACAUUGGCAUAGGAUUCAAAGUUUGUUUUAUUGGUCCAUAAAUAGAAAGCCUUAACCUGACCACAACCCAGUUUGUAUAAACUCUUAUGUACUGAUCAGUUUAACCUCCCUUCCCAUACAUAUUCAUGCAUUAUUUUCUCGUUAUAGGUUUGUACAGCCAUUUUCAACCGCCUUACUUUUUCAAAGUUUCAUUAUGAUUGCUACUAUGCUUAUUCUACUGAGAGCUAUUACUCAGUUGUCUAGCAUAAAGCGUUCUCCGUCUAUGCCAUGUACAAUCAGUAUUAGGAAAGUAGAGACAGAGACUUGGAAUAUCAAUCAGUUCCAAGAUAUCUGGCUUCGUAAUUUUUGGAAAUGGACGCAUUUCUCUAACUAUUUAUUAUUCCUAUGUUUAUUUACACUAAUUUCCGGUCUGUGCACUUACUUAUUGUCAUCGAGUCAAAUUUAUAUUCAAUUAUUGGGCUUUACUGCCUUGUUCAUCGAAUCUAUGUUGGGUUUACCACAAUUUACGAAGAAUUAUUAUAAUAAAUCGAUUGUUGGAAUGAGUAUUUCAAUGGUGUUAAUGUGGACUUCAGGUGAUAUAUUCAAAACAAUUUACUUUAUAUUAGAAAAUGCCCCAUUACAGUUUCUUAUGUGUGGUUUACUACAGAUUGGAUUAGAUUUAGCCAUUCUUCUACAAUGUUUAUUUUAUAGAGGUGAAGGAUUUACGUGAUAUGAAUGUUACAAUUGAUUAAGUCAAUAUGGACAGCGAAGACAGUGGUGUCAGUUUGUAUGUGAUUGUGGAUAGUAAAGUAACUUUUCUUGUUUAUCUGAAAUAUUUAUCAUUUUGUACUUCAGUUGUAGAGAGAUCUUUUCUAUUCCCAUCAAUUUCACGUACUAAUUCUCUUUUUAUUUUGAGAUCUCAUCUAGGUGACAUUGUAUAUUUGUCUAAUUUUUGUGAUUGUUCACUUUUGUAUUUUCUCUGCAAUUCUUAUGUAUUUCAGCUUAAAGUAAACUUGGAGCGAUUACUAUAACCCUCUGAUUAUGUCAUUUUUGUCAGAUUGUUCGGUCUACUAUAUGUGAUAAUGAAGAGUUUAUAAACAGUUAAUAAAUUUAUCGCUUUAGGAUCGACAUCCUUCUGUUUCACUGAUUCACUUAGCUCUUCUGUAGUAUACACAUUGAACAGCUGUUUAUUGACAAAGAUCAUUCAUUAAAGUCGACAACUGAUGAGUGUUUCUGAUUAAAUGAAAUCCGU